CCACUAUAGCAUAUAGCUGCCAUACAAACUGACCAAUCAAAAUCAAGUUGUGAAGGUUAUGAUAGCGUCGGUGCAUCUGAAGUUAAGGUUUUUUCUUGUUUUCCGUUACUUUUAUAAUUCUUCUUCUAAAUAUUUUGUCGCAUGAACUAUGCACACACAUAUGUCCAUAUAUAAUCUUGAGAUCAAUUUCAAUAUUAAAAGAAAAUUCAAAACAAUUUUUAACGGUUUUCUAACUUUUUCGGAUUAUUUUCAUUUACCGCCAUUUCGACAACUCUGCUUCAAAGAACUCUGAAACUUGUUAGUAUUCCCACUCAAAUCACUUUUUCUUCACAAACUUUCACACACUCACAGUGCGCCUACACUCUCUCAACGCUCUCUCUCUCACUGCUAAUGCACACAAUCACAACUGCAAAUGCAAAUGAUAGGAAGAUUCCAGUGUCCACAAUGCAACUGAGCGCGCUGGAAAUGCAAUUAACUGAGAGUACGCAACGCGUAGUAAAGCAUAGAACAUGAUAAAGAGCGAGAAUGUGUGAGUGCGGACAAAUGGCGAGCGGCUCCGGCAGUGGCGGCCAUCGGAAAUUCUGGUAUAACGCAGUUAGCAGUAGUUGAACGCGUUGAGUGCUUGCGACAUUUAGACGUGGUGCGGUCGUAUCGAGAAAUUGUGCGCGGAACAAACGCACCGAAUAAUAAUAAUAAAAUAGCUAUAACAAGACUACAGAGCAGAAAAGUAAAAUUUUUAGGCGUUGAAAAUAAGUUUGAAAGCAAAUAAAUCUCUGGGAUUUAAUUCCUCUUUUAUCACUACGUUUUUUGUAUACUACGCAUUUUGGUAUAAUAGAAUUUAAUUUUCAAACGUUAUCAACGUAUCAAGCAAAAUUAAAAACCAAACCAACAAUAACCAUGUGUAAUAUCUACAAAAACGCAUCACCAACUUCAACUAGUUGGAUAGCAACGUCAUCGGCAACGUUGGGUUCGGAGAUGACGGCAGGCAAACGGCGCGCGACUGGUGGCAUUUUAACCAGUCUCACGCCAACACAUGUGACCACCAGCGGUAGCAGAAAAUUUUUACUUGCAGUCGCGCUGUUUGUCCUGUUGGCCAGCGUUAAUGGUGCUACUGAUCAGAAGACUGUUAAACCAUCACCAAUAUUGCCGUUGUCAUCAUCAGCGAGUCUCUCAGCAACGCCUAAGGACGAAAUUUACAUUGACGAUGAGAGUAUUGAGGGAUCUGGCGGUCGUGGCGGGCUGCACGAUGAUUUAGACAAGGAUCCCGAUUAUUCCGGUUCCGGUUUUGGUCCAGAUGACGAAGACUCAUCCACCGAUUUACAGCCAUCGCAUCGCGGAAACAAUAUACACACACAAUCGGGUAAACAUAAUACAGUUUUGACCACCGACGACAACGACGAUCUCAUUUCGAGUAGAACUCAUCAUCAAACGAAUAGUGGCACAAUUAUUGGCAGUAAUAGCGGCAGCAAUUCAGGCAUCAUCGGUGGCAAUAGUGGUAGCAACACUGGCCUCAAUACAAUUGGUGGCUCUGUGCACACAGACGACGAAGACUUCGAUCUCGGUGAAGGUGAUGACGACGGCGCUGGCAGUGGUGAUGGUGAUGACGAUGACGAUGAUCACACGGGCGAUGUGGAUGACGGUGAUGAGCAUGAGGGUCUCAUCGAACGUCCACAUCAACCGAAAUACGAUUUCGGUGUGGGCAAAGAGCCAACCACCACGAUAGAGAAUGGGACCAGCACAAGCAGUACCACUGCAUCGUCCACCACUACCAGCACUGGCAGCGUCAGCAGCAGCGAUAGCAAUGAUCGCAAGAAGAUCUUGAGCUCGCAUGGCCACGACGACGAGCAUGAUGUAGACGCUGAUGAAGAGGAUGAAUUCGAUGACACCUACGAUGAGGACAACAAGGACGAUGACGAGGAUGAUGAGGAUGAUCGCCUGCAUGAAGAGGAUGACAAUACUGAAGUGUAUAUUGAUGGCACGGAGCCGAAUGCCAAGAGCGGCAGUGACGACCAGGACAAUGAACGAGGUACCACCAAUCAAGGCAAUACCAUACACGAAUUGGACACAAACAACGUAAAUAGCCAACCGACAGACACUAAAGUGAUCGAACACACAACCGGCAACGAAGUACUCAUCAUGAAUACCAGCGACGACGAUCGAACGGCGAGCUUCUUCGCACAACCCGGCAUUUUAGCAGCUGUCAUCGGUGGCGCUGUUGUCGGCCUGCUCUGCGCCAUUCUCGUCGUUAUGUUCAUCGUUUACCGCAUGCGGAAAAAGGACGAGGGCUCCUAUGCGCUCGAUGAACCCAAACGCUCACCGGCUGUCAAUUCCUAUGCGAAAAACGCGAAUAAUCGAGAAUUCUAUGCCUGAGAUAAUUCCCAACGUUACUAGAGAGUAGACGCUGUAGCGCAGGUAGUACGAGUUGACGGUGUAAAGUUGGCGGCGAGCGCAGCAGCAGGAAGUAGAGAGAGUAUGGACGAUGGGUGCGAAGGUGGAGCAGUGAAUGGGAAAAAUAUAAUAAAAUAAAAUUUAAUAAAAUGUAAGCGAAUAAGUAAAUAGUGAAUAGUGAAACAAAUUACAAAGAAACAAGAAAAGAGAAGAGAGAAGAAAGAAAGCAGCAGAACCACAAAACAGUUUGAACGUGUGAAACGCAAGCAUAACGAAAAUUAUAACAAGCAAUUAUUAGUUUUUUCUGAAAAUUUUUCGGAAUUUCUUUUUUAAAUUGCUACACACAAAAAAGUUUGGAAUUAAAAUUCAGUUACACACAUCUACACAUACAUAUAUUUAUACAUACACACGCGCACUGGACGUGCCUACAGAUAUGAAGUUGUUUGUUUUUGGUGUAAAAAAGCGAAAAUAUUUUGGGAGAAGAAGCAGCAGAACUUACAAAAAGAAUAAUAACGGUUAUUUCGCGCGUAAAACAGCAUAACUCGAUUAAGUGUAAAGUUUUUUCUGGCUAAACUUGCAAGCAAAUAGUUUAGUUGCAAGUUUUUGUGUACGAAAAAAAAGUGAAACAAAAACAACAAAGCGCAAGCGAAAAUGCGGAGAAAAACAGAAAAGAAACUGAAUUUUUUAUUUGUAACAAUUAAGUUAUUUUAGUUUGAAUAACGCAAACAAUAACAAAAACACUGGAGCAUACAGCAUAGAUAUGUAUGGAAAGCAAAAAAUGCAACAACAAUUGUGAGACGCUGGCAAGCGCGCGCCAGAAAAUAUCAGAUUAUUUUAAAUGGAAUUCUCAUUUCGAACGUUUAAAGGAAAUUAUGAAAUUAUAUAAAUUAAUAUAUAAAAUAAAUUGCAUAUAGACGUAGAAAACAUAUAUAAAAAAAAAAAAAAAUAAAAAAACAUUAAAAUAAUAUUAAAUGGAUAAAAGAAAUACUUUAUAAGGGCGGGACACUUUUCAUAAAUGUAGCAAAAUUUACUAAAAAAAGUGAAAUUUAACAAAUCCACACACACACAUCCACAAACAAAGAAACAAAAAUGCAAGUAACAACAAACACACACUCACACAACUAUUUAAUAAUUAAGUAAAUAUAUAUGUGAAUGUGUGUGUACGAGUGAGCACUCGAAAUAUUAAAGAAAAAUUAAGAAAAAACACAUAAAAAUACAAAUAAGCAUAAAUAUGUAUGUAAACUUUUAGUACCGAAAACAUUUAAAAAACAACAAAUAAAUAUAUAAAAUUGAUAGUAAGAUAAAAAAUUAAAAUAAAUAAAAUUAAUGUAGAAAAAAUAUUAUAAGUUUGUGAACUGCAAAUAUUAUGAUGUUUGUAAAAUAAAAAAAAAUAAAAAUAUGGCUAGAGUUAUUGUUUGUAAGUAAAAGUUAUAAAUAUAUUAACAGCAAAUAACUAAUGAGUUAAAAAAAUAUUAAAAAUCGAAAAUAAAAAAAAAACUGAUAAUAGUAGCACGAAAACAGUAAGGAAGCAUAAUAAGUUGACUAAAAUGAGGAACUUAAAAGUUUAAAAAAUAAUAACAACAAGUUUGAAAUAAAAUAAGAUAAUUGUAAUAAAAAUAUAUAAAUAAAUAAUAUAAUAUAAUAUAUAUAAAUAAAAUUUUUGAAAACAAAAAUACAAAUAAAAACAAUAAUGAAUGAAAAAGAGAUAAAAUUGUAAUAAAAUAUAAAACAUUCUUAUUAUUAUUAUUUUUUCUUUAAUUAAUAUCAAUAAAUUUUUUGAAAUGACAAAAAAAAUUUUUUUUUAAAUAAUAAUAAAUUAACAUUGAAUAAUAAAUUAAAAUAAUUAUAAUUUUUUGAAAGGAAUAUAAUGAUUAAAAAAAAGAUAAUACUAUAAAUAAUGUUUUUACAAUGACGAAAAAAUAGAUUUGAAAAAAGUAGUGAAUUAAAAUGAAAAGAUAAAAUAUUAAUCACACUUAUGAAACUACAAAAUAAUUAAAAUUUAUAAAAUAAUAUUAAAUAUAAAUAUAACAAAUAUAUAAAUAAUCAUAAAAAAAUAUUAUCAUAUAACUGAUUACUUACAUUUAAAAUAUAAAAAAAAUUAAAUUUAAAAAUAAUUUUAAAAAAAUUAAAAAAAUAUUUGAAAAUAAAAAUUAAUUAUUAUUAUUUACAAUAAAUAAAUUUUUAUAAAAAUAAAUUAUUUUUAUUUAACAAAUAUAAUUUUUGUAUUAAUGAAAAGGUUCAAACAUAAGCCUCAAUAAUUUUAAAUAUUAAAUAACUAUAAUUAUAAAAAUCACACAAAAUAACUUAAAUAAAAAAUAUAUAAAACUCUACAAAAUAAAUUUAAAUUUAAAAAAAUUAAUAAAAUUUAGUUGAAGAUUUAAUAGUAAACAAUUACAACAAAAACCCGUAAUAAUAAUACAACUGACAACUACUAUUAUAAACUGGAAUUAAUACCGAAAAAUAAUAAUAAAAUAGAACAUAACCUAUAAUUAACUGCAUAUAUAAGCAAAAUAAUUAUGAGGAACUAAAAACUUAUGAACGAAUAUUUUCUCUAUUACUAUUUACUCUUAAAUUUAUGAUUAUGAAAUACGCUACAUAUUAACAAAAAUUACGAUUAACUAAAUAUUUCGCUAUUUAAGAAUUUUUCUAUUAACUUUUAUACAAUAUUACGAUUAUCAUGCAUACUUAAAACAUAAUCUGUUGUUAGCAAAAGAACUAUGAUUUCUGCAGAAAUAUGCAAUAAUAAAAAUAGUUUGAAUUAAAUGCAGUGUUAAUAAAUCAAAAGAAGAGCAGAGUUAAGGAAAUGCUUUCGAAACAGAAAAUAAAAGAAUUGAAGAUAAAUUCAUGCAGUUGAGCGAGAUAAAAAAGAGAUAUAGUUGCCAUGUGAAAAAAAAUUUAAAUAAUAAUUUUUAGUACACGCAAGCUAUUUCGCUCUUGCAUCUUUAGGGUAAUAUUUCAUAAAAAAAGAAAAUAAUUGUAAAAUUAAUUUUUUUUUUAUUAAAACAAAUUUACUUGUUACUGAUUCAAUGCAUUGUGCUUCAUAAAAUAUAUUAUAUAGUCAAAUAUAUGCCGCAUAUUUUCAUUAUUUAUAAUUUUUUGUUAAAAAAUACUAAAAUUAAUUUUUUAUAAUUAACAGCUUAAAUGAAUCAACAUUUUUUUUAACACCCCUCUGCCUUUUUUAUAUUAAAACACGCAAUAAAUGUGCAAAAUAUUAAAAUCAACAGAAAUACUGCGAUAAAAGCUUAAUUAGUUAAACAUUUUCUUCAACUUUUUGCAAUUAAAAUCAAGUGCCCGUUCAAUAAAAUUUGUAUGCCUUCUUUUUUAAUUUUUUUUCAAGUACCUACAUGCAUUUAACUAUAUAAAUAAAUAAUUUAAAUAGAAAUAUUAAUUCAUAACUGCAAUUGUUUCAACUAACGUAUGUUUAAUUAACGUAAUUACUACUAAUUAAUAAGAAAGUCAUUUAUAAUUAAGUUGCAUUUUUUUUUUUAACACACAAAUAAAUAUUUUGCUUGAAAUUUGCAAUAAAAAAUAAUAAUUUGAUAAUUUUCAACUUCUUUGUUAAUUUUAUUUUUUUUUUUUUUGUUUUCUUGGUUUGCAUUUGAUAAUUUAAUUUGUUGUUAAUUUUAACUAAAAAACUGUUAAAUUUUCUUGAUAAAAAUGUAUUUUUAUAUUAUAAAUAUUUUCCUAAAUACUUUUUCUCAACUACCACCAUUACCCACAAACGUUUUUCUCUUCCACGAAUUUGCGUUUAAAAAUAGUUAUUUCAGUUUCCGUUAAAAAACAUUCAGAAACAUUUUCCAAAAAUGCAAUUUUCCAUUUUACAAAAAUUUUAGAUAUUUAAUUUAAUACUUGAAAAUAUUGUCUUUGCAAUUUUUCUUUCUAAUUAAUUCUUUACAAAAUAUUUUUUAAAAUUGUUUAUUAAUUUUUUUUUGUAAUUUAUUUUCUUAUAUUCAUUCUAAUUGAUUCUUCAUAAAAUAUUUUUAAAAUUUAUUUUUUAUUUAAUUUUUUUUCAAUUCUUCUUUUAAUAUUUUUUCUUAAAAAAAAUUAAAAAAAUAAUUUCCCUUAAAUGUCUUAAAUGAACAUAGUUGCCUUUACUUUGCUAUACACACACAGCCACACACCCACACAUAUACAUAUUGCUGCAUCUAGUUCUCUUAAUUUAACCAGCAAACGAAUCAAAAUAUUUUUCAUGAAAAUUAGCCUUUAAUUAUUAUAAUCCGUUAAGUGUCUAUUCUAAUUGCUUAACUCAAAAUAAAAAUAAAAACGCAAUCACAAUGCAUCAAAGCAGUUAACAAAAACCAAAAUAAUGAAAAUUUCUAAAGCGAAAAUUUAAAACUAAUAACUGUAAACUACUGCCGCUGAAUUUUAAACUUUUGUGUGUCUAAAAAUGCCGCGAAACAUAUUUCGUAAAGAAGCUGCGCAAAAAAACUAGCAAAAUCAAUCAAUUACGCAAAAGAAAGCGCGGAAAUCCUAUGAAAUAUAUAUAUGUUUAUAUUUAAAUUGCAAUAUUGAAAACAUACAUACUUAAAUACAUACAUAUCGGUACGCCAGUUUGAAAUUUUACAAACAAACAUACAUACAUAUUUAAAUUAAGCAAUAAUUUCUAUAAAACAAAAACAAUAAUAAAAUUAAUUUGUUAGCAACAUUUAAGUUUCUCAAACAAAAAAAAAAGCUUUUUACGCUGAAAAAAAUUUAUUAUUUUGCUGAAUUAAAAUAAUUUAAAAUUUUUAAAGUGAAAAAUUAUUUAGCGAAAACCAACAUUAUCCCAUAACAAACAAGCUACUCAACUGCGCGCUCGAAAAACAAUAGCAACAAAAACAACAAACACGCUUCUAAGCCUAACAUCUAUACUUUAAAACUGCAAACACUGUUAAAAAUAUUUGUGAGUUAUGCAUAAAUUAUUUGUGUUAAGCGCUAGUGUGAAGAUUAAUAUAAAACAUUAUAUACAUACAUAUAUACAUAUUAAUAGUAGCAAACAACUAAAAAAAAAAAUUAUAACGUAAGCAAAAAAUUAAAGCAUAGAAAAAUAACUGUAAAAGAAGCAAACAAAAAAUUAAAUGUAAACAGUUAGAAAAGUGUCCACUUCGAACGCAUAACAACCGCAAUUUACAUAUGUUUAUACACAUACAUACACAUAUAAUUACAUAAUUCACACGACAUGCUUGUAUAAUUACAUACAUACCGAUAUAUGUAUAUAUGUUACAUAAUUAUGUACAUUAUAAAUUGUGUAGCGAAAAUCGUCAGAAAAUCAGUCGCGCAAAGAUAAGAAUUUUCUUUUACCAUACACACACUCACAAACACACCCAAACGCAUACAAUACACACACACACGUAUGAGAUGGAAAAAAUACAAGCUGCUCUUCUUCUUACAACAAGAAAAAUAAAAUAUUAUUCAAUUGUGAAGCAUAUUUACUUACGAAAUCGUAAAAAAAAAUAUAUAUAUAUAUACAAGCAUAUAUAUCUAUAUAUAUGUAAAACUUUAUAUAUAUAUACUUGUAUGUAUAACUAGCAACUAAUUUAAAAAAUUUUCUUUACAAAUUUGUCUUUCCAAUUAUGAUUUUUAAGUUUAAUAUUAAUAAAUGAAUUCUCGAUUUAAUUUUCUUCCCAAAAUAUACAUACAUACAUCUGAUUACACAUUGAAUUAUGGGUAAACAUUUUUUUUUUGUUUUUGCUUUUCACUUAAGCGUUUUAGAGUUUGAUAGUUUGUAAUGCUAAAUGUACUGAAAGAAAUUGGUUUUUCAUUUGCAACAGAAUGAGUAUAACAAUAAAAGUAAUAAGAAUUAUAAUAACAACAACAACAACAACAACAAGAACAAAGAUUAUGAUAAACGUGAAAACAGUAAAGGCAUAAAGAAGAAUAAUUUCAUUAAUAAAAUGGAAAAACUGUAACAAAAAA